AGGAACAAGAAGGAAUUGCCCAUGGGAACUUUCAUCGGACAUGCUGUCCCUGCCCUUGCCUUCACGCUCCUAGGCCUGUGGCACUCCCUCAACACCAUCAAAACCUACAAGCUCAAAGGCCCAUCCCAUUUCGCCUCCACAACCUGGUUUCCCUUGUCCACCCCCAUCGCCAUCCUGAAACACCUGGAGCUCUACCUCCUCUUCUCCUUCUCCAUCUUCGCCAUCAUUCUCCAACUCCUCGACUACCCCCUCUUCACCUUCUCCUUCAAGCCUGAUAACUACGAGCACGCCACCAUCUUCCUCCAUGUAGCAAUAUACUCUUCCAUCGCCCUAGCAGUCGAUGUCUCCUCCUCCUCCUCGGAGGCCCUCCUUGGUCUUGUUGGAGUCCUUGCCACCUCUGUCUUUGGCCAAGAGCUCUUCCUACUCCACUUCCACUCUAUCGACCAUGCCGGGCUUGAAGGCCACUACCACUGGCUCCUCGAACUCAUCGUGGCCAUGUCGCUCCUAGCGACCGCCAUUAGCACCGGUUUUCCAACCAGUUUUCCGGCUGCAGUCGUGAGGUCGGCAUCAGUGUUGUUCCAGGGGUUGUGGUUCAUGGUCAUGGGGUUUGCGCUAUGGGUUCCGGGGCUUGUGCCUGCGGGUUGCCACGCCACGGGAUCGGAGGGCGCCGGCGGGCAUGGUGCAGUUGCAUGCGGGACGGAGCAAGCUAGUCGGAGGGCGAUGGCAUUAGCUAACUUGCAGUUCAGCUGGGCUCUCGCCGGAGUCUUGGUUUUAACAGCCUAUUUGUGUCUGAGGCCGGAGUGGAAAUGCAUGGAGUACAGGCAGCUGGAGUGUAGAGGUGUGGACGUGAGUCAGGUGUCAGGGGAGGGUGAAGGCUACAAAGGAGUCCAUGCGUCAGUGUAGAAUGCUUUUUUCCACAUGAAUGCAUGCAACCUCAUAAUAAUCAUUUCAACCUAAACUAUAAGCAUCUAUCUUCAUAUUAGUUUA